UUUCGGCGCGGGAAGGUGUAUGUGAUCGUCUCUCCCUCUGGUGGCGAAGCAACAGUCACCCCACGCGAAAUACUUCCUCACCUGCCCGUAUCUUACUGGUUCGAGUCAACGCAAACACCGAUCCGCCCACCCGCACGCCCCUAUACAGCCUGCAACAAUACACAGCAGCGGAGAUUCAAGGGAAGAACCCCACCCAUGCCUAGGCGGCCUUGGCAGCGGCAGCGAUGGACCUGGAACCAGUGAAGGCGCAACAGGGGGAGCAACAGGUAGCAGUACUCCCACCCUUAGUGCACCGAGUAGUAGCAGCGGCCCUGAUGCACUCCACUCCAAGAGGUACCGAGUAGUCGUAAUGGGCGCCGCUAAGGUGGGCAAGACGGCCAUUAUCAAUCAGUUUCUCUACGACACGUUCACCCCCAAGUAUACCCGCACCGUGGAGGAAAUGCACCAUGGGGAAUAUGAGGUUGCCGGCCUCUCCCUCACGCUGGACAUCCUGGAUACGUCAGGAUCAUUUGAAUUUCCUGCUAUGCGAGAGCUUUCCGUCAAUACAGCAGACGCCUUCAUCCUGGUAUAUGCUGUGAACGAUGCGGAUUCCUUCGAAGAGGUACGCCAACUUCGAGAAUUCAUCCUGCAGACCAAAAAGACUCCCGUGCCUAUGGUGGUGGUCGGGAACAAGGCGGAUCUUGAGGAUGAGCGAGCGGUACCUCUGGAGACGGCUGAGACCAUUGUCCUCGUCAACUGGGAAAACGGCUUCCUGGAGACCAGCGCAAAAGACAACCUGAAUGUGUUACACGUCUUCAAGGAGCUGCUCAAACAAGCUAAGAUAAGGUACGCCCUAAGCCCUGCGGUAAAGAGGCGACGCCAGUCCAUGCCCAACGUAGGGAUGCAGAUCACUCCUGCCCAGCUCUCCCACCUGCAGCACCUCAAACAGAAAAGCAGCGGCAAGCGUAACUCCUGUGUCAUCUCUUAAUUCAAAAGGGCUAUAUAUCUACAUUGUCCUGUUUCUAUACUUUAUGUAAUUCUCCUUCUACUAUACGAGUAUGAGUUGCCACAUAA